AUGAGUUCAUCGUUUCUUCAUUUGAGCAUCAGCCAAUUUGGACCCCUCUCACACUUCUUCAUGGUGCUGCAAGAAAACUCGUGUAGACCCUCCACAGCCAAGCGGGUCCCAAAACCAAAUGCGCGUCUUGGCCACCAAAACCUGCCGUCGCCGCCAUUGUGUUGUGCGUGCGGCCUAUGCAUGCUGCUGGCCGGCAUCAACAUCACAUUGGUGGGCGCCUUUGCCUUUGGCACCUUCGUCCCGAGCCACAACCCCCCAAUUAUCAUUGGGCCGCUUCUUCUGCUGACCGCCUUAGCUUUGUUUGCGGCGUGCUGCGCGACUAGCGCCAGAGAUCAGCCAGCAAGCUCGGCCCCCCGGGUCAAGGGGUUGAUGCAGGCGGGUGCGGCCUUCGAGAUGGAGACCAGUGAGCACACGCUGCAGGACACCACGGCGCUCCAGUUUAGCCCUACUAGCUCGCCCGCCUCCUCGCGCGGGUCAGAAGCCGCAUCACCGGCAUGUCCUGAAGGUGGCGACGAUGAGCAUGUGCAACGUGACACGUUUAUGGUUACUGAAAGUCUAACGGGCUUGAAGUCUGUUGGCAAGUAG